UGCCGCGGCCCCGCCGCCCCGGCCCGAGCGGCCCGGCGCGGGAAGGAGCCCGAGGCCGGAGCGCCGCAGGUACUCGGGCCCUUCCUAGCCAAAAGUCUCUGGAACAGUGCCGGUCUUCCCCGCUGAGCCCGCGAAAUGGCCAAGGGUUGGUAAAGGAACCGUCCUGCACGGUGCUGGAAGCGCAGGGUUCCUCCGGCAGUGCGCCUCGCUGGGGCUUGUAAAGAAUUUAAACGGGAAUUUAGGCCAACUGUGCAAAAAAAAUGAGUAACUGAUUAUAGUGUCCCAUAUGUAUGUAUUGCAAUUCAAAGUUAAUGUAUCUAAAAAUUAAGGAAUGAAAGUUUAUGGCAAUGCCUGAAGUUGUGAGCACCUUCUGCAUUAAGGAAGACUGGCACUGAAGUAUGUACCUCCUUUGAUGGGUUUUAAUUCAAACCAGUAGGCAUUUGGGUCAGUAAUCACAUACAUAAUGGGAGGUAAUGCAACUUAUGUGACUGGCUGAUGGGAAGUUUGUUAGAAGUAGAAAACCCAAUGAUCUCCUUAUGAUCUUCUGAAAAAAAAAAAAAAAACAAACAACAACAAAACCUAUUUAAAAUGUGAAACCUACACCUGUGAGUUCUGAAAUCCUGAAGAAGCUGAUGAGUGGACAUCUGUUCAGUAAAUCAACACUGGCUUCAGCACAGCAUGCUUUGUUAAGUCUUGCUUUCCUCCCCUAUGUUUUCAGUUUACAAUUUGACAUCAUUUUAUCUAGCAUUUUUAAUUUGAUUUAGGCAUUUUAUCCAAAUGUACUUCACAGGUCAAAAGUGAAAAGUUCAGCAUCUUGUAAAUGAAAAACCUAUGAUUUACAGAAGUCUCCUUUAUAUGAACAUGGAAUUGUUUUCUGCUACAGUUUUCCUCUCAGAUGCCUUGGAAUUGCUAUGUGAGUUUGCACAAGGCCUGACAUUCUUGAAAGAGGGACUUUAUGUGCCACCCUUUGAGCUUACCUGACAGGGUUUGGGUUACUUGCAUGCCUGUGUGAACUGGAACUGGGGCAAUCUGGAAUUUGUUAGCAAGAUGAUACAGAACCUGUCCAAGUUAUAAAUUCCACAAUUACAAAAGUUGUAACUAAUCCAGUUUAAAAAAAAAAAUACAUGCUCUUUUUCUAAAAUAGCACAUACCUGUGAUAAAUAAUUUAGGGUCUAUUCUAUUUGUUUGAGUUCCAUAUUCAUAGGUAUCCAAUAUAUUAGGAGAUGACAGAAAAAAACUAAAAAUGCAAAACAUUUGAUAGACAGCUGCAAUACAGCUGGUCAGAACUGGUCAUGGUCAUAGUCCUAAUUCUGCUUUUUGGAUGGAAUAUAGAGCAAUCUGAGAUUCUUAUCAUUAUUUCUAAAUGUCUUUGCUGCUAUCACUGAGAAAAGGUCCAGGAAGAUGACCUGGAGCUAUGCAUAUUCCACAUAAGCAACACUUCUCUCCCAAAACUCAUAAUUUUAAAUUUAUUGUUGUUGCAAAGCAUUAAAAAAUGGUAAAAUAAAAUAACAUUAACUGCAGUACAACAAAGCUUAGCUCUUCAACUCUACCCUUCCGAACUUCAGUCCCUUUGUGCUUUUCCUAGUCAGGGAAGGCUUUCCCCCACUUCAGAAUGAGUUAUAAAAACGUUGCUUUAUUUAAUAUGCAGUAGUCAGUAUGAACCUUGGACCUUUUUAAUUAUUAUUUUUAUUUCCUUUGGAAAGUCGUAACUGGCCGGACUUUUCCCUUUCUCCCUUCCGGGAAGCGCCGUGCCUGGGACAUGCGCGCGGCCAAUGGCGGUGCCGGGGCACGUGGGCGCGGGGAGCGGCAUCCGGCUGCGCCUGGGAAGCGGGAAAGCGAAGGUAAACCGAGAGCUUCUGCUCGGGUCCGGCCCUGCGGAACUGGCACUGGCUCCUUUGCGGUCUCGUUUAACCCCGCCGGCUGCUGGAGUUUGCCGUGUGACGAGCCCUCGCUGAAGGCAGCGCUGGCAGCCGCUGCCGCCCCGUGCCGGCCGGCAGCUGGGCCGUGCCCGCCCGCCCGGUGCCUCCCGGCGCUUCCCGGCCUCCCGGUGCCUGCCGGGAGCGCCCCUCAGCGGUGCCCGCGGCCCCGGAGGGGGAAUGGAGUCUGGCCCCUCCGGCGGCGCUCUCCCCUUCCCGCGCUCUCUCCGGGGCCCUGUGGGUCCGCGCUCCCCGGUGGCAGCGGGCGGGCUCUCCGGGCUCGUACCCGGGGCCAGGGCUGUUGCGUUGCCCGCGGCUGGGCUCACUGAGGCGAGAACGGUGCCUGUACUGCGCAAGCAGCUCUCUUAAGGCUUAGUUACUUAAAUCUCUCGCAGUUCUUGGGGAGUGCUUUGCUUGUAUCUGCCCCAGUGUCAGUGACAGCAGUGUGGUGCAAUAUGCUGUACAGCUUUUUGUUUGAGGAAGAGGACUGUACAGAUGUCAAAGGAAAUCCACCUAUAUCCAUCUUUCUGGAAUGAUCUCAGUACCUGGUGCGGGCUGCACAAAAAAGGUUUUUUCUUCCUCAACAGACCUAGUGGGUGCUGCUGCCAUCGCCUUGAUAAUGUUGCACUGAUGGAAUCAUGCCCACAAUUGAAGAGCAUUCAAGUUUGCUGAAGGUACCUCAGAAUUGACUUCUAAAUACAGUGACCAUAGAGGAUCAAAGAAAAAUGGUCUGCUGUUUUUCAAAUAUUUGAGUUUGUUGUCUGUAAAAGCAUGGUUGCCUGUGAAAAGUGAAAGAAGAAUCUUUCUGGACAGUUUAAAGCUAACUGGUAGGCGAAGCAAAAUGCUUUGUGUGAGGCAGGUUUGCUUGUUCACACUGAGGCGUUACCAGGCUCGGACUCUGUGUAGUGAUCUGCUUUUGAGCCAGAUAAAUGACUGCACCCAUGAAGAUGAAGUGUUCAGCCUUGUUGGAAGGAACAAGGCCAGACUUUCUGAAAAGCACGUGGGAAAUGCAUUGAACAUGCUGUGGCAAUUGCAAAAGAAGAGGCCCUUUCUCUUAAGGACCAGUGACUACGUAAGAAAUCACUCCCAGUUUCUUACCCUUUGCGUUUUGGCAGAAAACAAGGUGGAGCACAUGGAAGAUGAGGUGAUAGUGGACACCUUGUAUAGCAUCUUGAGGCUCAAUGUUGAAGACCAUAUUUCUCUAGCAAAGGUGCUUGUUACAGAAGCAUGGAAAAGAUUAGAAAGGCUUAGUUUGCCUGCUCUGUCCAAAUUCGCUCUGUGCUUAUACAAGCAACACAGGCACUUCAGUCCCAUAAUUGGCCAAGUUGCUCAUAUUGUGGACAUGAAACUGGAUUCUAUACAGGAUAUAAGGAUCUUGUCAGUUUUGAUGAUCAGCAUAUCUGAAGUUAUCACGGAGAGUUUUCGAGAUCGAUUACUACACAAGGCUGAACAGCUCUUAGAAGAGCAUGAAGCCCACUUCAACUAUGCCAGAAGAACAUUACAGUUUCUCCAAACUGUUAAACUGAAAUAUCAUCCACUGCUGGAAAAAUGCAACAGGAUUUUCCUUAAAAGUGCCUCUCAUCUUGAUAUACGCAGUAUUAGUCAUAUUUUUGGACUGUAUGAGCAGCUGGGUUUUGACAAUGCUGAAUUUCGCUUGAUUGCUAAACAGCUGCUAUCUGAAACUGUAGAUGAUCAUUUUGAUCCUGAAAGAUUUGCAAAGUUAUUUUUUUCUCUUGGGCCUAUGGCAGGAUCCAAGGUUAGAGAAAGGUUGCUAGCAACUGCAGUAAACAUGGCAGAAGAAUUUAGCAGUCACCAAGUAUUGAUGAUACUGAAGACUAUGCGGAAAAUGAAAUGCAGAAAUUCUCAUCUACUCAAAAAGAUGGCUUCUGUUCUGCACAAACACUUGGAUAGCUAUCAUGUGUUACAGCUGGUAAAGUUAACGCAGUACUUGGUGGCGUUGCAUUGCCAGGAUCUGGAGCUGUUUGCCAAACUAAAAAUGUUAUUGUUAGGUUAUUUAAAAUCUAGCGUGAUACCUGCUGAUACUGCAGCUGUAAUUCGUGUUCUGGCCAUGCUUCCUUCUUUCCAAGUGGAGGAAAUGAUUAUAAACAAAGCAGCAGCAGUUUUGCCUCAAUGCAGACUCCAUCACUUGAAUUACAUUGCUACAGCCCUUGUCAAGUGGAAUCACCAUGGCCAGUUUCACUGGCAAAACAGCUCUGAGCUCUGUGCCAAGCUUCUCCAAAAACUAAAUGACUAUGGAUUUCAGAGGCUUCAGAAAGCCAACAACUUAAAUCUUCUGUUGGAAGAACUUCCAUAUGUGAAUGGAGAGUGGUUUGAAGAAGUCCUGACUGAGGAAACUCUGGCCAUGUGUCAGCACUUGAGAGAUCAAAUAACAUGGGCAAAUGUUUUACCCUUGUCUUAUUUUCUCAUAAAAUCAGAGCAUCGUUGUCCUGCAUUAUUUGACAGAAUAGCAUCUGUGACAGUUGAAAAUAUAGACAAGAUUCCCACCUCUGAAAUCUAUUUUAUUCUCUUCCUUUUCUCUGCUUUGAAUUAUGACCCUCCUGACAAUGAAGAAUUCUUUAAGAGUUGUAUCCAACAUCUUACCUCUAACUUGAGUCAUCUUGAAACUUAUCACUUGGUGCUGCUUGGUCAUGUUUUGGCAAUGGCUGGAUAUUUUCCUCCAGUUCUGAUAACAACAAUAUUUAAUGUUUCCUUCCUAAGCAAACUGGAUGCUCAACUUAAAGUCCUGCCUGAUACGGUGAAGAAGAGAGUCCACUUGAGCCUCAUGAAAUUGAACAGAGCAGUCUGUCUGGAGUGCCCAGAGUUUCACAUCCCCUGGUUUCAUGAGCCAUACUGCAAACGUGUCUUUCAUAACAGCAUGAGCCAAAUAAAUCCACAGCGACAGCAUAUUCACAGGAUGCUGACAGAGAUCUUAGGAGGGAGCCAUUACUCAAGAGUAUCUGUUGUCACACCAUACUACUAUGAAAUAGAUUUUGAGUGUGUCCUGGAUGUAAAUAAAAAGCCUCUUUCCUAUGUGGCUCAGAAUAUAGCUUUGGGUGGUGUGGGGGGAAUACACUUGAGACAUGACAUCAAGGAUGAAGGGAGAAAGGCUCUGCCACCAGGAGCUCAAAGAAUUGCUUUGGAAUUUCUUGAUUCAAAAGCCUUUAGCAAAGAUUAUUCACGUCACCUGAAAGGAGAACCUGCAGUGAAAAAGCGACACCUGGAAAUGCUGGGGUACCGAGUUGUUCAGAUUCCUCACUUUGAAUGGAAUUCCAUGGUUCUGUCAACAAAAAGUGAACAGCUGGAAUACCUGAGACAGCAGCUAUAUGGAAUACAGUGAUAUCAGACAUGCCUUCUAAAGUACUUUUAUAAAAACAGUUGAUGUGUCAUCAAACGUCUCUGGAAUACGGAAGUUUCAAAAACCUCUUUGUCUGUAUCAGCUAGACAAAAGCUUGCCAAGGUCAUCAGAUGUAAAGAGAUUUAAUCCUCAUUUCCUUAGGGAUUGCAAAAGGCAGGUCACAGUGGGCUGUGAAGAUGUGAUAAGGAUGCUUAAAAUUUCUCAUUAUCUGGAAGAUACUACAGCCACUUGAAUCUGGCAGUUUUGCAAUCAAAUUACAUUAUUAUUUCCUAAAUAAAUAGCACAGAGGCUUAGCCAGACACAGAAAAAGUUGGAAAUACUAUUGACUAGGAGAGUGGAGUCAGCAAUCUACUGGAAACUAUGUCUGUUCUCCAGCAUGUGACAGAAGAAGCAGUUAGGAAUCAAACAGUAUUUGUACUCUGAAACCAAGAAACUGAAAUGCAGAUUUUCUAAGAAUAAGGCUGCUUUUAUAGAGCCCUUCAGUUUCCAUUCUCAGAACAGAGGUACUGUGGAGGACUGUGCUGGGGGAGAGUUGUGUGGUGAGGAACCUCCAGCUGCUGCUCCUACCCUGUGAUCUGCUGUGUGCAUAAGAAUGGCUGAGCCUUCUGGAACACCUUCACAUACUGGAAAAUCCAGCCAGGGUUUGCGCAGGAGGUGUAAGACACUGAGAUGCAGAAGGAAGAAGUGGAAUAGCCAGGAGAAUGUUCAUUGUGGAGCAGUAACUGCAGGGGCAUCAUGCUUGGCAAAUCAUCCCAUUUCCAGAGGCAGCCACAUUGUGCCUACAGCUGCCAUCACCUUAGGGUGACUGCCAGCUGUGCCUGUUUUCUCACAUGUGCAAAGAGGAUAUGUUCUCUUGCUUAUUUAGUAGAGACAGGACACAUUCUUUUAUCACUUCACCUGAAACCUGGCAGAGAUAAGCAACUACAUAUCUGAAUUGGCCAUUAUGCAUCUGGCUGUCACUUUUUUUUUUUUUUUACUCUUCAGUAGAAGAAGAAAAAUGUUUUAUUAACUGAAUACAAGUCAGGAUAGGAAUGGAAAGUCAGGAAAAAAACAGAAGAACUGAUCUAAGCUGUAAGGUACUUUCCUCCUGAGGCAGCCCUCAUGUUUGUGGGAUGACUGACAAAACUAGUCAGAGAGUAGUCUAGACACUCAGGGUUAUCAAAUGGACAAGGGCUCCAGGAUGUAAUGACUGCUUUGAGGAAAUGUUUUUGAAGGCACAGCACAUAGAUUAUGUGUGCAUUAGAUUUUGUAUAAAAUGGAGAAGACAAUCACAGGUUAGUAUUUCAGAAGGUGGACUACCUGUCAAAGAGGUCUCGUGUGACUCUGCUUCUGUACAGAGCCUUCAAGUAGCAGCCUCGGAGCAUAAGAAAGGUGGCAGUGGAUGAAGUUAUCAGUCAGGGUGGUCGUGCUUGAGGUGAACACUGCUGUUCAGGGUUCUAGCAGUCACUGUACCAAGCCAGUUCUCUUCAAAUUGUGUAUGGGUAAAGUUAUGAGUAUGCACAAUGGGAAGAGGAUUGAAACUUGAUAUGAGUGGUCUUGAAAGGGCAUUGAAGAAAACCAGAAAAAGCAAUUCAGUAAAAUGUGUUGUUCUCGAUUCUUUGCACUCAUUCUUUCUAUAUUAAAUCAGCAAGUGUUAGAGCAGAUGAGUGGUGUAAACCAGUGAUCUAACAGGAGCCAAUAAAAAUAGGUGCUAAGCACAGCUGCAGAUGUGGGUACUAAAGGGAAAAUGCCCCACAGAUUAAGUACUAGUGGUCAGUAACAUACUGAAAUGAACUAUGAUGCCUGUGCCUCUGCCUAUGUUUACUUCUGUCUCAUAGGAGAGCAAUGCAAGAUAGUUGGCAUUGCUAUUCAGUCAGGUGUGGUGGCCUUCUUUUCCAGUUUAGAUUUAAAUUUAUGAAAUCCUUUACAUUGAUGACACCCUUUUUAUGAAAUGGAGAAAUCCUUUGAAGAGCUACUCGACAAAAAAUGGUAAGCAAGCUCUGAAGAAAACUGAGUGCUCUAUUUUGGACAAAGUCUGUACUAAGAGAUGUGUCCUGUCAAUAUGAUAGUGAUGAUGAGCUAAUCACUAAAAAAAGACACCAUCAAGUGAUAUUUUUACAGUUUUAAAAACAAAGUUUAAUUGUUAAAAGUUUCAACGUCAAAAUGCAUCAACUCUAUAGUAAAUGAAAAAGUCCUCUCUGUCACAGGUAUUUGCUAAAGAUAGCUCUUUUAGGACUUUUUCAUGAAUGCUUGUUAUUGGCCUCAGAUCUCCGAGAAAAACUUCCAUAAAAUAUUUGCUUUGGAAAUAAAUAUAAAAGCAUUAAAAAAGUGGAAAAUCCUUGUUAUUAGAAGUCUAAAAAUAGUAGGUAAAACAGUAGAGCUACUAACCUUAUGAACUCCUCUCUCUACCCUCUCCUCUGUCUACUAGUAUAGCUUUGUCUGAGACUGGCAUUUAUUAGGUCACAUAAUAUUAAGCCACUUUUGUUUAAAACAUUCAUUUCAAU